CUGAAGAUCAUAGCAUCGCACUUAUAAGCACUUUCAGAUCUAUAAACACAGUCAAGCACACAAAACGACAAGCAAAUAUUAUUUUCUCACGAUUUCUUUCUGGAUAUAAAUUUCAUAUAAUUUUAUGCAAUCAAAGUUUGUAAGGAAACCAUCAAAAAAAUAAGAUGAAGCACUGCAAUAUGGAGAGGGCUUCAUGGCUUAUUUAUAGUAUGAAGAAUUAGGGGUAGUGAAAUCGAUGUUGAAGACGGAUUAUUGAAGUCGGCGUAGUGGGUUUAGAGGCCGGAAGAAGUUAAAGUACUUGCUUUAAGGCGUGAAUCAAUUAAAAGAAGUAACUUUUGGCAGAGGAACACCAAUGGGAGGAAAGGAAAUCGAGAAGACGAAGACUUUGAGAAUAGAAGUGGGUCCAUAAUAGAUUGCUUAUUACGUGUCGUACCAAAACUUGGCCCGAUCAACACAACACAGCAAAAACAAUAUUGGAAGCUUAAUUUAGGAGUGUCACGUGUCAUUAAUUGCCCACUCUCCUGCUGAUGUGGCACAAGGAAGAGAGAUCAUAGUUUACAAGAAUAGAACGUUUUCUGGUUAUGAAAGAUCAAUUCGCAAAUAGAGUGAUAAGAACGUUUCAAAUUAGAAUUGGAGCGCAUGUUAUUCAGUAUUAAUUAGUGAAUAUUACAUAUAUUUAAUUAAUGUAAUCGAAUAAAAACAGUAAGAAACCAACAGUUUAAAGAAAAAGGAAUAAAUCGAUUCGUGAGGGAUUGGAAGAAGGAUUGGAGGCGAUCAUCUGGGCGAUGAGGAAAGCUUCGAUGGAUGGUCUCUUGAGAGACAAUAAGACAAUGUUGAAAAGACAUGGCGAAGUGCUACCACACGAUGUCGUUGAGCUCAUCCUGGAGAAACUUCCUGUGGUGUCUCUGCUGAGAUCCAAGUCUGUAUCAAAGACGUGGAAAGCGACAAUCGAGUCCCCAAGUUUCAAACAGAGACAACUACUGAUCACCCUUAGGAAAUCACGAGGUCCAGAUAUCCUAUACGUGACCGGGUUUGGUAAUGAAGAAGAAAUAUUAGAAGAAGGUAAUAUUAUGGUGGGGGCUUGUGUAAUUCGCAGCCUCAAGUUCCCUACAAGGAGCGACAAGGUUUGCUAUGGUGCUUGUGACGGACUUGUAUGUCUUUUCAGCAACCGCAACCCGAGUGUCAUCUUUAAUCCCGCCACUAGAUGGCGUCGAAGCUUUCCUCAUUCGAGGGUUCAACCGCGCAUCAUCUCUGACGCUCGCGCGCGUAAAAAAAGAGUCUGCCACACCCGAGAACCUCAGCUAGGAUUCGGCAAAGACAAAGUCAGGGGCACAUACAAGCCGGUUUGGCUCUUUAACUCAUCUGAGUUUGGCCUAGACAAUGCCACCACUUGCGAAGUUUUCGACUUUACCACUAAUGCUUGGAGGUACGUCCUCCCUGCUUCUCCCUAUCGGAUUCUUGAAGGCCAGAAGCCUGUGUAUUUCGAUGGGUCGCUUUAUUGGCUAACCGAGUGUGUAGAAACCAAGUUGUUGUCUUUUGAUCUUCACACGGAAACUUUUCAAGUGCCUGACCCUCGCUUUCUAGUCUUGUGCAUCCUCGAUAACCGCUUGUGCGUAUCCCUCAAAAUCUAUCCCACCAGAACCCAAGUGAUAUGGUCACUCGACGGCACAUGGAAGCAAAUGUGUUCGAUAGAUCUCACCAAAACCACUUUUCAUGACCCUCCUUAUUUCCCCCGACCAGCACUGUUGCCAAUAGCUAUUGUAGACGAGACCAUAUUAUUGCUUGGUUAUAGCUGUGGUUCACCACUGCUGAUACAUGAUCUCCAUACCAAAUCCUAUGUUUUUGACUCCUUUCCUAAAAUGCUUGAAUAUCCUCUUUGUUAUUUCCCUAGUUUGUUCUCAAAUUAAACCAUUUUUCUUUGUAAUUUAUUAAUCAUGGCUUCUUUUU